UUGUCAACCCCCGGCGACUCCUUCGCGGAAAUCCAAUCCUGCUAUUUCUCACUAUUGACACAUUCUCAGAGCGGCCAUGAAGUUGAUUCUCUCCACCUCGAAUCUUAUGACAAGCGGCUCGUCCGUUGUUCGACAGCCAGCCACUGCCAAAUCCAAUGUCGAACUGAUCAACUCCCUGCGAUCGAAUUUCCAGACGGCGCAACACCUUUCAUCGACCGACCAAGCCGCGACGGGCGGGGUACCCAAGGCUCAGCAGUACCGUUCCUGGACGCAAGAAGACAAUAACGCACUAUAUAUCCCCGCCGUCGACUUCUCGCAACGCGGUCUGGCAGAGGAACGUUCGCAGUAUGAUAUUACGGUGAAGCUUUUCUACCUGCCGGGGAUUCCGGCGUCCCGACGAUGCGCACACACCAGGGAGGCGAUCGAUCUGGUGCUGAAGGAACUACACGCGGAUUCCAUCGACUUGUUGAUCGUAUCGUUCCCCGGGAUCCUGUUCGAUGCCGAAGACGACAGUGACGAUGAGGUGUCUUCCGACAACGGCAGCGAGGAGCCGGACGAUUUCGACAGCAUGAUUCAGACCUGGAGGACGCUGGAAGGGCUGCAGGAGAAGGGCUUGAUUUCUCAGCUGGGAGUCGCGGAGUUCGGAAGCGAGAGACUGGCACGCUUCCUCCUCCAUACUAAGGUCAAGCCCUCGGUCGAUCAGAUCAAUCUGAAGGAUUGCUGUGUCGUGCCGAAGUCGUUGAUCCUCUACGCUAAGCAGGAGAAUAUCCAACUCCUCACCCACAAUGAUUGUAUGGAUAUUCUGCCAAUCGGUACCACUCGUGAGCUCCUCGGUCCUGGCGAAAAGGGAGCCGGGAUCCUUGCGUCCGCUCCGAAGGCUGGAGAUGGCAUCCAGGGUGAUGUUGAACCGCAAUGGGUGGUCAAGUACACGGCCGUAGUCAAGGACCGUGGAGUGGUUGAAAACAAGGGAUAUUUUGCACUUGCGGAUGUUGGAAGCUGUGUGGAAGAACGUUCAUGA